AAUCAUCGGAUAUUGGACCUGUAACAACAAAUAAUCCUAAUGACAUAUAUAAGAGUAGAUAUUUAAGUGGUAUGAUAAAAUCAGCAGCUUCUACAAGAAGUUUAAGAAGCCAAUCUAGUAUUACUUUAAAACUUAAUCAACUUGACUUUUACCAAAGAAAUUCUAAUGAUAAAAGAAAGCUUAAAGACGGAGACAGCUUUAACAAUGGUACAAGUAAUAAAAAGAUUAAACCAAUUGAAGACGAAAAUAAUGAUUACGCUACAAAAGAACUUGAACUUGAUAUCGACAUGAAUUCUAAACAAUUUAAUGAUGAAUAUAUUACUACCGAAAUCAAUUUUGAUAUUAAUACUUUUUUGAUGCUUUGA